CCAUAGUAGUUACAGGCAAUCACACAUCACCACACAGGAUCCAGACUCGACAGCCGGCUACGAACUGUUGCUUCAUGCUGAAAUGCUGAAACAGCAACAAAACUGACCUAUAAUAGCAGUGUAGAGAAGGUAACUCCAUGCCGCGAACAGGCCCUGCUGGCGCGGCCCGGGGUCCGGGCUGCCACCGCCCACACGCGCCGCAGCACCUGGCCACGGUGCCGCGGUGGACGUGCGGGCGGGCGCACCUGCGCGGCUGUGUGUGCUGCGCUGUUGGCGCGCGGCGACGACAGUGGGGUGACUGCCAUGGCCGCAGAUGAUGCAGAGGAGCUGGGCGGUAGAGGCGUGAGCCCAUCGUGUCGGUGCUGCUAUUGCACCUACCCCGGCCUCCAUCCUGGACGCGGUCACCGCCCACACAGGGUGCGCGCGACGGUCUUGGGGAGGCGCUGGCGCGUGCGUGACGGCAGCUGGCCUCGGACACCGCGCACGCCAUUUCAGAGGCGACUGAGGGUGCAGUGGCGUCAUGGCGGUCGUGGCCAGCCCGCCGGUGCCUGCAGCCCGCGCAGGCGCGCCGGCACGAGCCGCUGGUGGUGGUGCUGGUGGCAAAGGAGCGGUCCAGAGCAGUGGCGACUGUGGUGCGCAGUAGCAGCUGGUAAGAAGCAGCAGCUGCAGGCUGGAAGCUGUGGUAGUACGGCAAUUGGGCUUGGUUGCUUCGGACUUCAAUGCUGCUUGAUCAUGAUGUGAUGUGAGACAGUGUGAGGCAGCCAAGCAUCGGCUAAAGUGUCCGCACACUGGGUGUAAGCUAGCGAAGCACCGACCUGCGCUUGUGCGUGCCUUUGGAAAGGAGUGAUG